AUGGGAUUGUAUAGGAAAACUGCCUUUGGUCCACUGUUGGAUAUAGAUCUUGUUUUUAAUGGACAACUUCUGCACCACUUUCUGUUAGGGAGGUUGUGGCCGACCAGGGAAACAAUAGAAAGAGGAAUAAGCGGUGAAAGCCUGCGAGAACUCAUUCUUGGACCGAAGGACCCAAAUAAAAAGAAGAGUUCUUGCAAGGAUGUAAAGACCGCAUUCAAGAAGUUCAAUUUUAAUAAUGACGAAGAUGCUGUCAAGGUUGUAUUGGCACUAUUCAUCGAAACGGUAAUGAUUGGAAAAGACAAGAAAACCCAAUUCAAUGUGAAUGUAUUUGGGAUUGUCAAUGACCUUGAAGUCUUUGUACAUUACAAAUGGCCUUCUCUUUUUUAUAAACGUACAUUGAAUAGCAUGAAGACUAUCAUGCAUGGGAAGAAGGAGGAUAGUAAUAAUAUAAGGACUCAUCAUGAAGAUAGGGAUAAUAAUGAGGAAAUUUCUCAUGAUGAUAGUAAUGAUGAUGUGGAGGGUCCAAUUGUCAAUGAACAUCCAGUUCAUCAGACUGCUGAAGAAAUACAUGAACUCCCCACUCAAGCGUUCAAUCUUAGAGGCCAUUUCGAUUCGGAUUCAGCCCAGAGUGCUUUGAUGAAGCCAGGGGGAAUUGCUUCUAAGAUCCGAUCAGAAGGUUUUGAAAUGGAGGAUGGUAAUGUGGCAGAAUACAAGCCAACAUGGACAGAUGUUGACUUCGUAUUUAGGCCAAUCAACAUCAAACAACACUGGCUUAUGCUUGCCAUCGAUCUGGAGAGGUGCACAAUCUUUGUAUUUGACUCUAUGCCGAACUACAUUGGUAGCGACAUAGUUGAUAGUUAUCUUCAACUUGUGGUCAGAGCAAUACCUUCGAUGUUGAUUCCUAUCCAAUUUGACAUUCAACAUAAAAGGUUAAAGUACGGACAAUGGGAAGUGAAGAGAUCGAAGGUAACCCUCCAAGAGGGCAUGUCUCUAGACUGUGGCGUUUUUUGUGCUAAAUUUAUGGAAUAUUGUGUAACUAGUAUUGAUAAGGCUAGCUUAACACAGACUAAUAUGGCAUUGUAUAGGAAACAAUACGUUGCCCAGUUGUAG